AUACUAUCAUGACAGCCCAUUUUCAUCUGAAAAGAAAAAUCGGUUAUUUUGUCAUCCAGACGUACCUUCCUUGCAUUAUGACCGUGAUCUUAUCGCAAGUGUCGUUUUGGCUAAACAGAGAAUCUGUCCCUGCUAGGACUGUCUUUGGAGUAACAACAGUCCUCACCAUGACCACCUUAAGUAUCAGUGCCCGUAACUCUUUGCCAAAAGUGGCCUACGCUACUGCAAUGGACUGGUUUAUAGCUGUCUGCUACGCCUUUGUGUUUUCUGCGUUGAUUGAAUUUGCAACAGUCAACUAUUUCACCAAGAGGAGUUGGGCAUGGGAUGGCAAAAAAGCCCUGGAAGCUGCUAAAAUCAAGAAAAAAGAGCGUGAAUUGCUGGGAAAUAAAUCAACUAAUACUUACAGCACCGGGAAGAUGACCCCCGCACCAAACAUGCCAAAGGACUCAGCCCCAUCUGUCAUCUCAAACGCUGCGUCUGCUCCAGUGAAGUCUGCAGAAGAAAAGCCUCCUGAAAGCAAAAAGACUUACAACAGCAUCAGUAAGAUUGACAAAAUGUCCCGGAUAAUUUUUCCAGUGCUGUUUGGAACUUUUAAUUUAGUUUACUGGGCCACAUAUUUGAAUAGGGAGCCUGUCAUUAAAGGUGCCAAUUCUCCCAAAUAAACUGAAGGACUCUAAAGCCACAUGUGAGCCAUAUUUACAAAGCAGAUGCUACCAAGGAAAAUUUGAGAUCCAGAUGACUUUCUACAUUUGGGCAAUAUUCUUCAGGAAGUUUUUUGCAUGUUUAAUAAUAUGUACAAAUAAUAUUGCCUUGAUUGUUUCUACAUGUAACCUCAGAUGUUUCGGAGACGAUUAUAUUACUUACAGCAACAGAUCUUUAUAAAAG